AUGAAGGAUUUUCAAGCAGUUUUACUUAAACAUCUUUAUUCACCCGUACCGAGUGAAAGUGAAAGUGACGAAAAUAUCGAAGAUUUAUUAACAGAAUACCAACACUAUUUGGAUAGAGCUCACAAACAAAAACAAAGUUACGAGGAAAAGGCCAAAACUAAAAACAGGAUACCACUAAGACGCCAAGAGAAAUAUUCGAAGAUUAAACCUUUCUCCAACAAUAAGUAUGAGGAUUAUUUGAAUUCCUUCUCUAAUACAUUCCAUCUUCCAGCGAAACCUAUUAAUAACCAAUUAGAUCUAUUUGUUCCUUUGAACCCAGAUUUGAGUUAUUUUAAUAAAGUGGAGUUAAGUAACCCGGCUUAUAAAAAUAAUCAAGAGAACAGAGAGAGAACAGUAAUCAGUGAAAAGAAAUUCAUGAAUUUGCCGUCUCCUUUCCCCAUAACUGACUAUCAUUCAGUAAAACAAUCCUGCAUCUGCAAAGACAAUCGAAUGCCAUGCAAUUGCAACUGCAAGCACUGUUUAACAUCAUUAGAUACCACUUUGUACGAUAAUGCUGAUCAAUCAAAACGCAUAGAUCUUGAUGAUAACAGAAUUCAGGCUUUCGGCGCGUCAGCACUGAUAAGUGGUAAUAUGUUAGAAAAACCAGCAUUUUCAAGUUCUUUAACAGGAGUAACCGAUAAUGAUCUGAAUAUCCAUAUAAAAGUAGAUAUACAACUACCAAAAAUAUUAGAAAAUAUUCUAAAAUUUAAAAAUCGUAGCCAGGAUAAAACUAUAGAAUCCGAUGGGAAAAAUUCUAAAGAAGUUAGGAUUUUCAUGAACUCACCGGUUUCCAAAUUUAAUUUUCCUGUACCUUUUGAAAUUUUUGGACUGAAAAAACCAAUGCAAUUUAACAAAGAUGAUUCUACAAGUUUACAUAAAAUAAUAAUACAUAAGAAAAAGAAAACAAAAUUAAAUAACAGUGGCAAUAAGAAACACAAAAAGAAAAUAAUAACUUUCCAUAACAUUAAGGUCGAACCUCAACAUUUUCCACUAAUUAAAAUCGAUGAAAAUAACAAUAGCAGUUACGUUAAUCGCGGGAUUGAAAACAUCAAAAUGAGACCGCAAUUGCUCGUUCAAUUCAAUCAUACUCAAAUAAUUGAAAAUGCAACUUUCAAUCAAAACGUUACUACCACAAGUCCUUUAUUCAAUGAAAGUAGAAAAGAAGAAAGCAAACCUGAAAUGGCAAUUAUUGCUCCCGUUACAAUUUUUAAUAAAACAGACAAAUUUGAAAACAGUAUUGAAACAGAUUACAUCAACACUAAAUUAAAUAUUUCUACUGAUGCACCACAAAGUUUACGAAGCAGGCGUUCAGUCAUAUAUCGAAAAUCAUUAACACCCAACAAAAAUAACGCACCCAAAAAAACGUUAACAAAAACUAUAAAAGCAGCGUCUACAAGUAUUAAAGAAAAUGAUUUCAAAACUUUGACCGCAGAUGCGGAACUUUUAUAUUGGCCAAAUAAUACAAGAAAUUAUAACUCCACCACUGUAAACAACAUUACAGAAAUAAUUUUAGAUAGAGAAAACAAAAAGGUAAAAUUAAACAUAUCGCAAGAGAGCAUACUUAAAAACCGUUCGAUAGCUCUUGAACAAGCUAUAUUUGGAAAUGUCGAUUGGAAUGACGUCGACACUGUAGCUCCCGUGUUCAUGUCCUUUAUGGGCAAAUACAUUACAGGAGUUUUGACAUUUUGCUCCCAAAAAAUAUGUCAUUCUAUGAAAUGUUCUGAGAAGAUCUGCAUCCACAGAAUGUGUUUACCCGUAGACAGGUUUAAUCAAAAAGGUCAUUGCGCCGGAUCAAACACGACAGAUAGCGUGGCUACAAUGGAAACAAUUAUGGAUUUACCAUCAAACAUAGCAUUCGAAGUUGUUGAUAUUUUACAAGAUAAAAUGUUGGGCAAGAUGUUUGGAAAGGUGACACUUUGUAUCAAUGCGAAGUGCAUCAGCUUGGUAGCGUCAAAGAAAAACGUUUUAAAGGCUAAAUGUUCUAUUAAAGAACUGAAUGCAUUAGGACAUUUAAGAAUCAUAUUAAUCUUUGAAUUUUUAAGUGUGCUACUUGUAAAAUCAAAUACGUUUAAAAGUAAGAAUGUUUAUAUAAAUCCGUGGGACUCUGCUAAAAAAAGAGAUCCUUCAAAGAUAAUUCAUUUUAAUUCAAUUGGAGAUAUUUCGGAAGAAAAUAUAUCAUCGGAAGUACUAGUAAAUUUAAAAAGAAUAGUACAAAUGUAUGGACGAAGUUUAAAUUUAAAAGACCUUUUAAAAGAAAACAAUAUGAACAUAGAGAAUCCUAAGAUUUUUCAACACCUUAUGCAAGAGAUGUACGCAGAAUCUGCAGCUCCGAAGAAAUUAAAGAUAUUAACCAACUGUAUAGAACACGACACGUUCUGCAGGUUCUUGGCUUGUCCAGAUAUAGACAAACAUUGCGUUUUGUGUGAAGUGAAUAUGACAAAUAUAGGUGAAGGACGCGGUAUUGGUUCCACAAUAUGGGGGUGGAUAACAUAUCCUUUCACAUGGUGGAGUUCAGGGUCCGAAAAUGAUAAUGAUAAUAAAGUUGAAUCGACAACGUCCAUUUUCACCCAUGAUAACAACAUAGAAAUUGCUAAGCACAAUGUGACCGUGUGGUGCAAUGAUCAGACAUGCACUACCAUGAAAUGCGAUAAAAACGGCUGCUUAAACCUCACAUGUAACAUAUACGAUACUGAUAUGUCCGGUGUAUGUAGAGAAUAUACAAUCAAGCCAGAAGACUCUACACAAACUACCAAACCCACAUCACAAGUCACGGAAGAGCCAAAGAAGACGACCGAGGCAACAUCUACGAUGGAAACGUCUUCUUUACCUGCCAACCCCAUUGAAACGUCUUCUAUACCUGCCAAUACCAACAUGGGAGUUGAAGAUCGCCCUCUGGAGCUAGAAGCAGUUUUGUCCUCCACAGUUAAUGACGGUGACAUAAAGCUUGAAGAGGCUACCGAUUAA